AGUAGCUGCUGCCAUGGCAGGAACUAAUUGGGAUCCAUAAUAAACCCCAGAAAGAGUAGCUGCUGUCUUGGCAGGAACUAAUGGGGAUCCAUAAUAAACCUCAGGAAGAGUAGCCGCUGCCUUGGCAGGAACUAAUGGGGAUCCAUAAUAAACCCCAGGAAGAGUAGCUGCUGCCUUGGCAGGAACUAAUGGGGAUCCAUAAUAAACCCCAGGAAGAGUAGCUGCUGCCUUGGCAGGAACUAAUGGGGAUCCAUAAUAAACCCCAGGAAGAGUAGCUGCUGCCUUGGCAGGAACUAAUGGGGAUCCAUAAUAAACCCCAGGAAGAGUAGCUGCUGCCUUGGCAGGAACUAAUGGGGAUCCAUAAUAAACCCCAGGAAGAGUAGCUGCUGCCUUGGCAGGAACUAAUGGGGAUCCAUAAUAAACCCCAGGAAGAGUAGCUGCUGCCUUGGCAGGAACUAAUGGGGAUACAUAAUAAAUACCAAUACUUGUAUCAAUAUUUUUGUGUCUCUUUACUCUCGGAUUCAAAAAUGCUAAUUAGCAUCAAAGUAGAUGACAUGUGUAACAGUAUAACUUUAGACCGUCCCCUCGCCCCGACCCGGGCGUGAACCAGGGACCCUCUGCACACAUCGACAACAGUCACCCACGAAGCAGCGUUACCCAUCGCUCCACAAAAGCCACGGCCCUUGCAAAGCAAGGGGCAACACUACUUAAGUCUCAGAGCAAGUGACGUAACUGAUUGAAAUGCUACUAGCGCGUACCCGCUAACUAGCUAGCCAUUUCACAUCCGUUACACUCACCCCCCUUUCAACCUCCUCCUUUUCCGCAGCAACCAGUGAUCCGGGUCAACAGCAUCAAUGUAACAGUAUAACUUUAAACCGUCCCCUCGCCCCGACCCGGGCGCGAACCAGGGACCCUCUGCACACAUCGACAACAGUCACCCACGAAGCAGCGUUACCCAUCGCUCCACAAAAGCCACGGCCCUUGCAAAGCAAGGGGCAACACUACUUAAGUCUCAGAGCAAGUGACGUAACUGAUUGAAAUGCUACUAGCGCGUACCCGCUAACUAGCUAGCCAUUUCACAUCCGUUACACAUGCAAGACUACAAAUCCCUGGAAACUCCUGCAUGUCAUCUUUAGCAUACACCUUUCACAGAACAGUUCACAGAAUUGUCCAUUGAAAUAAAUAUUGACAAUUUAAUCAUUGCUACAUAAAGGCCUGAUUGGUGGAGUGCUGCAGAGGUGGUUGGCCUUCUGGAAGGUUCUCCCAUCUCCACAGAGGAACUCUGGAGCUCUGUCAGAGUGAACAUCGGGUUCACUUUCACCUCCCUGACCAAGGCCCUUCUCCCCCGAUUCCUCAGUUUAGCCGGGCGGCCAGCUCUAGGAAGAGUCUUGGUGGUUCCAAACUUCUUCCAUUUAAGAAUGAUGGAGGCCACUGUGUUCUUGGGGACCUUCAAUGCUGAAGAAUUUUUUUGGUACCUUUUCUCCAGAUCUGUGCCUCGACACAUUCUUGUCUCAGAGCUCUACGGACAAUUCCUUUGACCUCAUGACUUGGUUUUCACUCUGACAUGCACUGUAAACUGUGGCACUUUAUAUAGACAGGUGUGUGCCUCUCCAAAUCAUGUCUAAUCAAUUGAAUUUACCACUGGUGGACUCCAAUCAAGCUGGAGAAACAUCUCAAGGAUGAUCAAUGGAAUCAGGAUGCAUCUGAGCUCAAUUUCGAGUCUCAUAGCAAAGGGUCUGAAUACUUAAAUACAUUUGCAAAAAUGUUUACAAACCUGUUUUUGGUUUGUCAUUAUGUGGUAUUGUGAUGUCAUUAUGUGGUAUUGUGAUGUCAUUAUGGGGUAUUGUGUGUAGAUUGACGAGGGGAAAAAUAUUCCAUUUUAGAACAAGGCUGUAAAGUAACUGAAUGUGGAAAAAGUGAAGGGGUCUGAAUACUUAACGAAUGCACUGUAUACAGCUGGCAGAUUUUUCUACCAUUGGCAGUUUUGUACACAGUCACGUGAUACGUGGUAUAGAAAUGUCCAAUCAUAGGAGAGUACAUGGGAGGCACUAUACUGUGUGUCUGCAGGUGUCUAUCUGGUCAAAACCACUGAUACAGGUGCCCCUCCACCCUCUGGUGGGAUGGAUCAUGUCUACAGAGACACCUAGAUUCAAAUACUUAGAUUUGUGUGUAUUGGGUUGUGAAAUUGUUAGAUAUUACUUGUUAGAUAUUACUGCACUGUCGGAGCUAGAACCACAAGCAUUUCACUACACCCACAAUAACAUCUGCUAAACACGUGUAUGUGACCAAUAAAAUGUUAUUUGAUUUGAAAUAAACGUCCUAUUUAUCAAAGGUGCUUUUGGCUGGGGUCAAAAUGACUCCAAAGGAUUUGAAUUUGUUAAAAGUCCAUUUGAUACAGAAACACUAAACCAUGAUUUAGAUUUAUUAAGAACAAGUUGAUUGACAAAGUCAUGAAAAAUUGGAACAAUUGAAUAAACCACAUUUUGGCUAUGAUAAAAGAUAUGCCUCUGGGGUCAACAUGAUCCAUGUCAGAAGUAUGGAUCAAUGCAAAUAUGUAGUGGGUGUAAAGUUUGUUUUAAAUUAUCACUCAUUAAACACGAAUCAAUCAACACAUGCUUCUCUUUGAACGACUUUAUAUAAUAUUAAACUUUUAUGAAAUAAAUGAAAAAUAAAUUUUGGUUCAUCAACUGCGUUUCCCACUCCAGUCAGCAGAUGGCGAUGUGCGUCUUUUAGGUUCAGGCGACGCUGCCAGUGUGACGUAUAAUCUAGUGGACGGGACGCUCCUUCAACAACAACAGCUAGUCAGACACCUCGGUAGCUUUCUAGCAAACAUAGCUACAACAUUCACCCGCUUUACACUGUUUUGGUGUAUAUUAGUCGAUAUGUUUGAAACACACUUCUGUCGUAUGUACUUGUUGGCCCAUUUAAUUAUAUAUUUACGUUGUUUGUCAGCUAGCUGGUUUGCUAAGUUAGCUUUGAACUAGGCUAGUCGCUAAUGCUAGCUAGCUAACAUCUCCGACCAUGAGUUCACUAAGUUACUCUCCUCCUGAUAAAGAUGAGGAGGUCUGCUGGACGGAGAAAGUAGCUUUCGUCAAAGAGGAGGAGGAAGAGAAGGAUGUUACAAUACAAAUACAAGUAGAGGGUGAGGCUGUUACUGUGAAAGAAGAAGAGAAAGACGUUACAGUGAAAGAAGAGGAUGACACGUUCAGAGUGAAAGAGGAGGAGGAUGCAGUUUUUGGAGUGAAAAAGGAGGAGGAAGAGGAGAUUACUGUCACAUUGAAAGAGGAGAAGGAAGAAGAGGAGGUUGGAGAUCUGUUUAACCCCAGAGAGAGAUGUGACUAUCGUGGAUCCUCUGGGGAGCCUCAACAACAACAUGAUGCUGAAGAGGCAGAGAAGAGUCUCUCCACAUCAGAACACCUCAAGAAACACCAGUGGAGACCCACAGGGAAGAAAUCUCACCGCUGCUCUGACUGUGGGAAGAGAUUCACCUCAUCAGGCAUUAAAAUUCAUCAGAGAAUCCACACAGGAGAGAAACCUUUUAGCUGUGGUCAAUGUGGGAAGAGUUUUUCAACAUCUGGCUCUCUGACUCUGCACCAGAGAACACACACAGGAGAGAAACCUUAUAGCUGUGGUCAAUGUGGGAAGAGUUUUGGUCAAUCUUGCCAUCUGGUAUCACACCAGAGAACACACACAGGAGAGAAAUCUUAUAGUUGUGGUCAAUGUGGAAAGAGUUUUUCAACAUCUGGCUCUCUGACUCUGCACCAGAGAACACACACAGGAGAGAAACCUUAUAGCUGUGGUCAAUGUGGGAAGAGUUUUGGUCAAUUUUGCCAUCUGGUAUCACACCAGAGAACACACACAGGAGAGAAAUCUUAUAGUUGUGGUCAAUGUGGAAAGAGUUUUUCUACACCUGGCUGUCUGGCUCUGCACCAGAGAACACACACAGGAGAGAAACCUUAUAGCUGUGGUCAAUGUGGGAAGAGUUUUGGUCAAUCUUGCCAUCUGGUAUCACACCAGAGAAUACACACAGGAGAGAAACCUUACAGCUGUGGUCAAUGUGGGAAGAGAUGUUCUACAUCUGGCCAUCUGACUGUACACCAGAGAAUACACACAGGAGAGAAACCUUACAGCUGUGAUCAAUGUGGGAAGAGUUUUGCUGCAUCUAUAACUCUGACUCAACACCAGAGAACACACACAGGAGAGAAACCAUAUAGCUGUGAUCAAUGUGCGAAGAGUUUUAGUCAAUCUGGACAUCUGACAGUGCACCAGAGAACACACACAGGAGAGAAACCGUUUAGCUGUGAUCAAUGUGGGAAGAGUUUUGCUGCAUCUAUAACUCUGACUCGACACCAGAGAACACACACAGGAGAGAAAUCUUAUAGCUGUGGUCAAUGUGGGAAGAGUUUUUCUUCUUCUAGCUGUCUAACUAUACACCAUAGAACACACACAGGAGAGAAACCUUAUAGCUGUGAUCAAUGUGGGAAGAGUUUUAGUCAAUCUGGAGAUCUGACAGUGCACCAGAGAACACACACAGGAGAGAAACCGUUUAGCUGUGAUCAAUGUGGGAAGAGUUUUGUUCGAUCUGGCCAUCUGACAGUACACCAGAGAACACACACAGGAGAGAAACGUCUUAGCUGUCUAACAUAUCCAACCAUGAGGUCACUAAGCUACUCUCUUGUUAAUGAAGAGGAGGACUGCUGGACGGAGAAAGAAGCUCCUGUCACAGAGGAGAAGGAAGAGGAGGUAAUCACAGUAAAACAAGAAGUAGAGGGUGAGGCUGUUACUGUGAAAAAAGAAGAGAUAGAUGUUACAGUGAAAGAAGAGGAAGACGCGUUCAGAGUGAAAGAGGGGGAGGAUUUUACAGUAAAAGAGGAAGAAGAGAAAGAGGAGGAUGCAGCUUUUGGGGUGAAAGAGGAGGAGGGGGAGAUGACUGUCACAUCGAAAAAGGAAGGGGAGGAAACUGGAUAUCUGGGCCCUGUUUCCCAAACGGCCCUGGGUGAGGCUGUUACAGUUAAACAAGAAGUAGAGGAUGAGACUGUUACAGUGAAAGAAGAAGAGAAAGACGUUUCAGUGAAAGAAGAGGAAGACGCGUUCAAAGAGGAAGAGGAUUUUACAGUAAAAGAAGAAGAGGAAGCAGCUUUUGGGGUGAAAGAGGAGGAGUGGGAGAUGACUGUCACAUCGAAAAAGGAGGAGGAGGAAACUGGAUAUCUGGGCCCGGUUUCCCAAACGCAUCUUAAGGCAUCCAAUGGUUCUAAGGAUGAACUUAGCCAUAAGAUGGUUUUGAGAAACCGUUCCCUGAUUAACACUAGAGAGAAACGGGACUAUCGUGGAUCCUCUGGGGAGCCUCAAAAACCUCAUGAUGCUGAAGAGGCAGAGAAGAGUCUCUCCAGAUCAGAACACCUCAAUAAACACCUGCAAAGAUCCACAGGGAAGAGAACUCACUGCUGCUCUGACUGUGGGAAGAGAUUCACCUCAUCAGGCAUUAAAAUUCAUCACAGAACACACACAGGAGAGAACCUUUAUAGCUGUGUUCAAUGUGGGAAGAGUUUUACUACAUCUGGCCAGCUGACAUUACACCAGAGAACACACACAGGAGAGAAAUCUUAUAGCUGUGUUCAAUGUGGGAAGAGUUUUACUACAUCUAGCAAUCUGACUCUACACCAGAGAACACACACAGGAAAGAAACGUUAUAGCUGUGAUCAAUGUGGGAAGAGUUUUCGUGCAUCUAGAGAUCUGACAGUGCACCAGAGAACACAUACAGGAGAGAAACCUUAUAGCUGUGGUCAAUGUGGGAAGAGUUUUCGUGCAUCUAGAACUUUGACUCAACACCAGAGAAUACACACAGGAGAGAAACCUUAUAGCUGUGGUCAAUGUGGGAAGAGUUUUGGUCGAUCUGGCCAGCUGACAUCACACCAGAGAAUACACACAGGAGAGAAACCUUAUGGCUGUGAUCAAUGUGGGAAGAGUUUUGGUCGAUCUGGCAUCUGGUAUCACACCAGAGAACACACACAGGAGAGAAAUCCUAUAGCUGUGGUCAAUGUGACAUGAGAUACUCUGAUAAAAGAUCUCUGAUCAAACAUCAGAAAAUACAUACAUGAAGGAGUUGUUUCAUGAUGUCAAUGAAUUAAUGUCACAAUGUUUUAACAUUGUUGUAGGAGUAUUUUAAUGAUGUCACAAUGUAGAAUGUUUUAACAUUGUAGUAUGAGUAUUUUAAGGAGUUUCACAAUGUAGAACCCGAAUUCAAUUGAUUUCAGCGUGAUAUGGAUAUUAGCCUUGGGAAAAGUCCAGGCUCUGAAUUGAAAGUACUAUUUAUGUGAUUUAACAAAAAGAGCUGUGUUACACUUACCAUGUUGGUGGCCCACUUUAAUCAAAAUGCAACACUUCAAAAUGUAGCGAUCUGUUUUCUAUAAGUUGUCCUCUAACAAGGGAUGUUCACAUUAUUCCCAGAUUCCGUGUGGUUUUUGAGCUGUUAGUUUUAACAGGACGUGCAACCUCAUCUCCCUCCUCUUGGCACAAUUGAUUUUAACAUGAUAUCGAUGAGUGAUGACAAUUAAGUGUUGUGUUCCUUUGUUUAGCGUCCCCUAAAUUUAAAUGCAUCACUCCCAAAUGUAGCUGACUGUCUUCUGCAGGUUGUCCUCUAACCAGUGAGGUAAAAUAUAUCUCCCAUUUCCAUGUGUUUUUUUAGAUGUUAGUUUCAACAGCAAGUACAACCUGAUCUCCCCCCUAAUCGAUAUCAGUGAUUUAUUGCUACUUGUCAAAACAACAGGGUUUUUGGUGCUUGUGUCCAUGGUGAGGACAACUUGGUUUCUGAUUGUCUCAAGGUUGGGCAGUCAAAAAAGAUUUGUGUUUUGUGUUUAGCCAGUGCGUUCCAUGGAUCAUAAAUUAUUUUGACUUUCCGUAUUAGAGAUUAGUUUUGUUUGGGCUCGUUCCAAGGGGACGAGAGUUCCUAGAAGCUAGUGAGUUUUAGGUAAGGAAAAAAUACAUGUUUUUUUUCUUGUUUUUAAUUGUUGACAUCCAGUAGAUAUGUUGUUAUAGGUGAAGGUGUAGAAGGUGAAGCAUUGUAGUUGAUUAUAAUGUGAAAUGGAAGUUGUUUUCUGUUGGUGGUGCGCAUUCUCUUAAUGUGUUACAGUCUUUGGUUUUUCCAUUUAUGUUUUGAGGUAGGACGUUAGCACGUCUAGCUCGUUAGCAUAUAGGGCGCACCGAUUGGUGUCACCUCAUUAGUCAGUAUGUGUUACACCUGUGCUGGCUUGUCUAUCUCGUUAGUGGGAAGGUGUUUCACCUGAGCUAGUCCAGGUUCUAUUUAAGAGUGUCUGGCCCAGUGCUCCAGUUGUCUUGAUAGAUGUGGAGAGUCAACACCUUUAGUUGCUCCACCUUUUUGGUUUGCUUCCUGUCUUUAAGUUUAUUGUGGGUUUUUCUUUUGUUUCCCUAUUCUUGGGCAGAUUUAGUGGGUCUCAUAAUGGGUGUCUUUUAGGUCCCAGUUGUUGUUACUAGUCAACUUUCAGUGACACUGAGAGCAAAACUGCAACAAUAUGUUAUAAUACUUUUAUUGCAUCAAAUGGUUGUUUUAUGCAACAGAAUAGAGGGUUCUUAGAACUAUUGUGUCUGUGUUCUACUGAGGAUGGACCUCUGGGAGAAAACACUGACAGGAGAUUUACAAUGUCUUUUGGGUGAUAAAACCUAAAGAGACCACAUUCCAGAGCAUGAGUUAAUGUUUCUGUUCUAUAUGGUACCAGGGAGAGAUGACUCCAGGGCCAGACCCCGGUCUCUAAUGUUUUUACAGCAGAUACUGUCUGCUGUGAAUUAUAAGUAUCUUUCAUACAAAUCUUAACCUUGUGACCCAUUCUAUACAUCUGUUGUUCAUCAUGUAGGUUGAAAGGGUUGUAUCUUGGCUAUUUUUUUUAUUUUUUUUAAUUUCACCUUUAUUUAACCAGGUAGGCUAGUUGAGAACAAGUUCUCAUUUGCAACUGCGACCUGGCCAAGAUAAAGCAAAGCAGUGUGACACAGACAACAACACAGAGUUACACAUGGAGUAAACAAUAGACAAGUCAAUAACAUGGUAGAAAAAAGAGAAAUAAAAUACAAAAUACCUUUGUACUUUUGUCUCGUGGCUCUCAAUGAAUCAUCUGGGGGUGAUUCGUCAACCAGCCAUCAUUAUCGUAGAGCACUCAAUUGAUUAACUUUAUAUGUGUGUAUUGUAUUGACCUGCUCCCUUAUUAUAAAGUGAAUAAAGGUUUAGUUUAAGAAUAA